AUGAAGCAUUGCAAAAACAAGUUGUUCUUGACGAGUUGCAUUCAAAGUUUGCGAGUGAGCGCUUACCGCUCGUUCAGCGGAUCGCUCAGCAAGCAAGCGGCAGUGCAUUUUUCCUGCGUGGAUCUCCAAGUCAUGAUUUGUGGCCUCAAAUCCCCGAUCACUCUUUGGAUUUGGUCUUCGUAAACGACCUAGUCUUGGAUCCGCAAUUCGGCAGUGGGAACCUAUGGGACGGUGAUUCCGGUGAUGGGGCAGCUGGUAGUACCUACAACCCGAAUUUCGCGAAGGACCCUAACCAUCCAAAUGCGGGAAUCCAGAUUCGUGGCGACUACGUGUCCGACCGCGUGGCCUCCAUCUUUGCGCUGUGGGCGCAGAAGGUGAAGUACGGUGGAAUUAUGGCAGGCGCAGGCCUACUAGGGAAACAGAUGGUGGAGGCAGUGUGUGAUUUUCGCACCGCAAAUGAGGUGCACGUCAUCGGGAAUGGCGUAUUCUGGUGGUAUGUUGAACCGCCGGAUGAGUGAGUAUCUUCCGCAAAUCCUUGUCACGUAGUUAGCAGAUCAACAUCUGAUUCUCAUGUCAUCAAAGUCUAUGUCUAUGAUUUCGGUCUCCGCCGUCCUCAGCUGCUUGAUGUGAACAUCGCAUUCAUCGGAUCAUGGUUGAUUAUGCGAGUCGCAUGUGACCCCGCACCGUUGAUAUAAUCUUUCAUGUGGUUGUUGUCUGGAGCAAACUGAGAUUUCAUCAGUG